AUGCGAACAAUUCAUGCUGCAUCCGUCCUCGUAUUUGCAGCAUCCGCAUCAGCAGCAACAUUCAAAGUCGUAGCACCUGGUGCAUCUGACAGCGUCCAAGUCUCCGUCAAUGGUGAAAAAGUUGAUCUCCACGCCGAUGAUCCUCAAGUGCCAUAUUACACAGGCCAAGCAUCAUGCUCAGGCACUUGUAAAUACAAGUAUAUCGUCGAUGGAAACGAGGAAAACUUUGAUCGCACGUUGGAAGCCGAAACGACCCAAAAUGAUAUCUUUCAGCGACAAGUGACUUAUGCUACAUCGCUACCUGAUUUGCCUAGACCCGUCGCUGACACUCCCGAAUGGACACGUGGUGGAAAGAAAGGUGCCAUUUGGGAUGACCACUACAUUCCUAGUAUCUUUAUCAAUGGUGAUCCAAACGACAUGGAAACGAUCGUCAAGAAAUUGACCAAGGAGAAGAAAAAGAAAAAAGCAAACAAAAAGUUCCCCGUUACCUUUACUAUCAUUGGCCCUAAUGAAGUGCAGACAUUCAAGGAUUGCCAAUUUGGGUUGCAUGGCGGUGGCAAAAAGCAUAAUGAUGCCAAACAAAGCUGGGAAUGGUCAUUACCCGAAGGUCAAUUUCUUGAUCACCGUAACUGGUUCAAGCUUCGACAUAUGGAAGAAGACCCAACACAGAUGCGAGAGAAGCUGUAUGCUGAUGUGCUCGAUGCUAUGGGUGCUCCUGGCAAUCGUGCCAACAUGGUGCGACUUUUCAUCAAUGGCCAAGGCUUUGGCACGUUUAAUAUGCUUGAUGAUGUGAUUCACUACAGCUACAUACGUGCUGUUUUUUACAAUGGUCAACCUCCUCUCAAAAUGGGUCCAUUGUAUGAUGGCUCUUCUGGUGCCGAUUAUCAAUACCUGCCAGAAGAUGAGAGCCACAUGUAUUCUUGGCAGCCUGCUGAUGGUAGUCCUGAAGGUCCUGAAGCUGUACAAGAAUUGGCAAAAGCCUUCAAAGACGUUGACGUCAAAGAUGAUGCACAAAUUGAUGAAUUCUCAAAGAAGUUUGACAUUACCUCGUUCCUCAAAUUUAUGGUGGUCGAGUACUUGACAGGCGAUUGGGAUGGUUAUUGGAUGCAGCAAACGAACGACGCUACCUAUCGUGAUCCCACCGAAGACAACAAGUGGUAUUACCUUGGUCAGGAUUAUGAUGCAACAUUUGGUGUCAACCUUGCUGAACCUGAAGGACAUGAUUUUGUCAACAUUUCAUACAAGGAAUUCCCCAAGCGUUACCCUAACGCUGUUAUGAUCAAUCGUUUGCUUGAAAAUGACCACAUUCGAGAGCGCUUUGAGACAUACCUAAAAGACACAGUGACUAUGCUCUUCAACAAGAACACCCUUGGCCGUCGUAUCCAUGCCUAUCACGAAUUCAUUUCUCAUGACUUACGAUGGGAUCGUAGCAUCAAGCAACAAUCCUCUGGCAACCUCUUUGGAUGGACAUAUGAGCAAACAUCCGAAAAUUUGUACCACAGCGUCAAUGCACCUAAUCCUGAUAGCACAGGUGGUGGUGCUGAUUGGGGCUUACUUGAAUGGAUCGAAGCAAGAUCCGAAGCUGUUGCCAAAGAAUUCAACCUUGAGUUUUUGAGUGCUGAGGAAGCAUUGUCUCGAUCAUUAGCUCCUGCUAACAACAACAAUGCAGCAACAACACCACAAACACAAGACCCACAGCAAAAUGGCGAUAACAAUGAGCAAUCCAAUGAUACAGGAUCCUCUUUAGCGGGUGAUGCAGAAUCAGCUGAAAAGGAUAGUCUCAAGCUACAUCCAGAUUCUUCUUCUGGAGCAGCACCAGCAGCAGCCAUCCAACAACCGUUGACAAUGGCCCUUUCCACUAUGGCAUGUGUGAUGGUGGCGACUAUGGUUGGAUACCCCUUUUAA